AUGGCAACUCUUGGAGGUCCGUCACAGCUGUCCAGUACGUGCACAGUAGUGGGCACUAAGGAAUCCGCCCGUCCCAACAUCGAUGCACCAUCACCGUUCAAUACGCCCAGCAUGGCGUCAAGCUUGCGAACCACCGAGUUGCCAUUCAGACGCAUGACGGUACCUCACCUCAACGCCCCAACUUUGACAGGUAUUUCUGUUCAAUUUUUUUUCUUCGCACUCCGACGGGCUCUUGAGACAUCCAUGGGCAUUUCAGAGUCCAUGUAUCUGAACAUGAAGCUCUGCCGCGCUUUGUCUUCCCACGAGCCUUACCCCAAAGUAUUCAAGGGGGAUCCCGAUUUCAGUGGAUUACUCUACCUUGGGUACGACUCAACGAAUACUCCCAUGCGGCCCCGAUCUCACGGCCAAGCUGGCCCAAAGACGGCUAUUGAAAAAAGUCAGACAAGAAGCGAAGAAAUAGUACCUCUAGCGAGGCCGGAAAAGAACAAGACAAGCACAAGUUGGGCUGUUGGGUCCCCACUGCCCGGCAUUGGUUCCAGAGCAACAUUCAUUCUUGUAGUCUCCUCCAUAGUCCCUUGA